AAAAGUACUGAAUGAUAAUAAGGGUCAUUUUUAUUUCUUGGUCAGGCUGUUAUUAAUGAGUUCUGACUAAAGGAGAAGUGAAAAACCCAGCAGUGGUUAUUUUCACACACAUCUCUCCCUCGGUCCAGUGUAAAAGCAUUUAGAGACUGAGCUCUAAGAGGAUUUCUGUCUUCUUCCCUGGUGAAUGUAAAUGAUGGAAACAUUGGUGACGUUCCUCGUCACUGGAUCUCUGAUACAAGGUGUUUUGUGUGGCUUUAAUACCAAUCUGCCAAAUAAAGUAGAAGCUCUGAAAGGAUCCUGUGUUUUCAUCCCCUGCACAUUUGACAUUGAUCAACAAUAUGAAGCUGACCUCACUGACAGUGCAAAGAGAAAAUGGUAUAAAGACGGAAACCCUCCCGUUAUAGUGUUUGACUCCAGCAGCCCCAACACUGGACUGUUAAAAGGAGAAAUAUUUGGCAAUGCUACACAGAAAAACUGCACCACACGCUUCGAUAAUGUUGAUCAGAGUCAUAAUGGGUCAUAUUACUUCAGACUUGAAGCCAAUGGAAUACUGAAACAUAGCUACACAGGACCUACAUACUCUGAAGUUGAAAUUGUCGUCUUAGGAUCUCCACCCAAACCUACACUGAGCUUCUUUCCAGAUCAGGAGAAGGUGAUUGAGGGAAGUUCAGUGAGUCUGCGCUGCUCUACUAAGAUCUUCUGUCCGUCUCAUCCACCAUCUCUCACAUGGAGCUCGUCUCUCAUCAAGAGCGUCACAGGACGACCGUAUCAGAGCCAAAUUGAGCUUAUCUCUGAUCUGAACUUCACUGUUUCUCACCGUCAUCACAGGGUCAAUUUCACCUGCACUGCAACACACCAGAUACAGCAGCAGAACACAACACAAGAGUCUCGUCUGCUACACGUUCAGUAUGCUCCUAAAAACACAUCUGUGAGGAUAAAUCCAGCUGGUUUAGUUCUGGAGGGUCGUUCAGUGACUCUGAUCUGCAACAGUGAUGCAAACCCACCAGCAGUGAACUACACCUGGUACAGAGACACUGAGAGACCUCUGAAUCCAGUUCAGACCGGACCAAACCUGACCAUCAACAACCCCGACCCAACACACAGCGGACGAUACUACUGUACAGCUGAGAACAAACACGGCACACAGAACUCAUCAGUGCUGCUGGACGUCCAGUAUGCCCCAAAAAACACAUCAUUGUCAGUGUUUCCCUCCGGCUCAGUGAUGGAGGGUCAUUCAGUGACUCUGAUCUGCAGCAGUGAUGCAAACCCAGCAGUGAACUACAUCUGGUACAGAGACACUGAGAGACAUCUGAAUCCAGUUCAGACCGGACCAAACCUGACCAUCAACAACACCAACCUGACACACAGCGGACGAUACUACUGUACAGCUGAGAACAAACACGGCACACAGAACUCAUCAGUGCUGCUGGACGUCCAGCAGACUCAUUUCUGUCUGCAUCCUGCUGACCAUUAACUUUUAAACGUUAUGUAUUCAUUAGACUUUUGAAAUUUCUUAUAAUUAUUGUCCCCCCAAUAUACUUAACUUUACUUUUCUCUUUGUCUUUUGGUUCACUGUUUAUCUGGAGUGACUCUUAAAUGUUACUGUCAAAUAUGUUUGGAUAGAGUGAUCCAGAGGUGGGUGUAAGUUACACAUGUGCAAGCAGGGACGAACUGGGAGUGAAAAACAACUCUCAAACAGGCCCACCAAAACUACAAUCAGUCACUAUUAUCUCACAAUAUAAUAGUAAUUCUGUCAAAUUUAUGGCAAAUAACAUCACACCACCCAUGGUGAAAACCUUGGCUUUAUUUUCAUUUUCCAUUGACUUCCAUAUUUUCUACAUUUCAAAUUUUAACAUCAGCAUUAAGGCAUUUCUUGGUUGUUUAUCGAGGUGUUUUUUUUCCUCACUGACAGUGUUAGCUGUUGGUAAUUUCACAUUUUACUGCCUUUUUGUGGGAGUAUCUGGAAUUUUUUAAAUAUUUAUUUUAGACAUUUGUGGGAAGCAAAAAAGCAGGUGUUUUUUUGGAGAGGGAAAUUAAGCUUAAUAAUAAAAGCAUCAUUUACUCACCAAACCUUUAUUUUCUUCUCCGAAACACAAAAGACGAAAAUUUAUGCUGCUCUUUUC